CUAGAGUAGUUGAACAAAAUGUUUCGUUGGAUCGUAGUAUGUAUUUUGGUCUCAACAACAAUCAGAGUUGAUGCUGCACCUAAACCAACAAAAGAAUGGUGGAAAGACAGUUUUAUUUACCAAAUAUAUCCUCGAAGUUUUAUGGAUAGUAAUGGUGAUGGUGUGGGCGAUUUAAAUGGUAUAACGAGCAAACUUCAACAUUUGAUUGACUUAAAUGUGAGUGCAAUAUGGUUGUCGCCAAUAUUCGAAAGUCCAAUGGUAGAUUUUGGGUAUGAUGUUUCAAAUUUUACCAAGAUUGAUCCUAUUUUUGGUACUAUGAGUGAUUUUACAAAUUUAACAGCAACUGCUAAAGCUUUAGGAUUAAAAGUUUUGCUAGAUUUCGUGCCAAAUCAUACUUCCAAUAAGCACCCUUGGUUUCUAAAAAGUGUUAAGAAGAUUAAACCUUAUGAUGAUUACUACAUAUGGAUGGACGGCAAAUUAGUAAAUGGUACUAGUGAGCCACCCAAUAAUUGGUUGAGUGUAUUUGGUGGCUCAGCUUGGGAAUUUAAUGAAGAGCGUAAUCAAUACUACCUCCAUCAGUUUGCUGCUGGUCAACCAGAUCUCAACUACCGAAGUGCCGCAGUUAAUACAGAGAUGGAAAAGAUCUUGACUUUUUGGCUGGACCAAGGUGUCGAUGGAUUUAGAAUCGAUGCCAUCAAUUUUAUGUUCGAGGAUCCAAGGUAUCUUGAUGAACCCAGGAAAUCAAAUGCAGGAGUUGAUGAGGAUGAUUACGAGGGUCUUGUACACAUUUAUACGAAAGAUCUUACGGAUACUUUUACUAUAUUAAAAUCCUGGAGAAAACUUAUUGAUACUCAUGGAAAAAAGGCACCCAAAGGUGAACCUAAGAUCAUUCUUACUGAAGCUUAUACUCGUAUGUCAGAAAUAACAAAAUAUUAUGAAGCUGGAUCAGAUGUUCCAAUGAAUUUUAUGUUUAUUGAUCCUCUCAAUAGAUACUCUAGUACGAUGGAAUUCAAACGAAACAUUGAUGCAUGGAUGAAUUUGGUACCAAAAGGUCACGUAGCAAAUUGGGUAGUAGAUAAUCAUGAUAACCCUCGAGUUGGCAGUAGAUAUGGUGUACGAAGGUCUGACGAGCUUUCAAUGCUCUCGGCAGUAUUACCAGGAAUUGGAAUUAUUUAUUACGGUGAUGAAAUUGGGAUGUUGGAUAGAAACAUGACCUGGAAUGAAACUGUGGAUCCUGCAGGUUGUAAUUUAGGUCCUGAAAAAUAUCAUUUAAAAUCAAGAGAUCCUGUUAGAACUCCAUUUCAGUGGGAUAAUUCAACAAAUGCUGGGUUCUCAACUGCUAACAAAACUUGGCUUCCUGUUCACGAAAAUUAUAAAACACUCAAUUUAGCUGCUCAAAAGGCUGAACCAGUGUCGCAUUAUUCACUUUUCAAGAAACUUGUCGCUUUAAAGAAGAUGCCUAUCAUGAAAACAGGAUCUAUGGAAGUGAUUCUCGUCGGAGAAAAUGUUCUUGGUGUAGUCCGGAGAUUACCUGAUAUUCCUCCAGUUGUUUUACUAAUAAACUUCUCAGAAACAACUGUUGUUGUUGAUGCAAGAACUUGGAUGAAUAUUCCCGAACAACUGACCGUUUAUGCGUCCAGUGUUGGCUCGAAUAUUCCAUCUGAAGUGACAAUGGACACGACGGAAAUUAAUUUACCUGGAGCAGCCUCAGUUAUUCUUUCUGGACCAUGAUUUUUUUAUCUCGUUACUACUAAUAAAAUUUAUUACUCUAGAUUUAUUUUUAGUUCAAAAUGUAGAACAAUGCAUGGAUAGAAUCACAAUACAACCUCUAUUUUUGCCAUAAAUAAAUACUAUUAUUUAUCUAUAA